UCUUUCUGUGCUGUCACGUUCACGUACUUUACUUUUGUUUGGCUAUUCUGUAUGAUUUAUUUUGAUCAUACACAUUUUUAUAAAACUCGUGUCAAAGUGUUUCUGAAGAGACUGCUAAUAAAUUCUCGUUACAUCUCCUUUCCUAUUAUAUUAGCCCACUGUGUACAUAAAAUAUUAGGGUUAAGUUUUUGUAAUCAUAAGUUACCAAAAUGUAAAAUUGUAUUCCAAACAAAUAACUUUGUCAUUCCCUUUAUAUCUUUAAGCCACUAUUGGCUUAGAUUGACUAACUUAUUAUGAGUUAUCUUAAUGAUCAUGAGUUUAAUCUCCGGCAGGAAUUGCUUAACUUAGACAUAGCAGAGCUGGAUGAUGAAGAAUAUGAAAUUCCUCCAGUGGAUAAAACACCCACUCUAGAGAGUAUUCUAAAUAGUGAUGAUGCAUCACUACUCAGUGAGGAUGAACUCUCAAGUUAUUUAUCUAGAGAGCUCACUGUUAGCCUGGAGGACGGAGGUGAGACAGCUUCCCAGAGUAGUGUUGGGAGUCGUAAGGAUGGACACAGUCGUCCUAUCCGAGGUAGUUCCAUCUUACGACAUGUCAUCCUCAAAGCAGUAUCAUCACAACUACGGUCCGCUGCGGACCGGGUAAAUGCUGGUAAGCCCACAGUUAUGGCAGUCACUACAAUGGUGAGUGUCGGCACAUCCCACGGAUUUGUUCUUAUGUUUGAUUCAAUGCAAACAUUAAGAUGGUGUUAUGAGGCAGAGUCACAACACGGGGCUGUGUCAUGUCUAGCACUCAGUCCAGACUGUACUAGAUUGUUGGCAGGGUUUGCUCGUGGACUGUUGCUUAUGUUAGACACUGCUGAUGGAAAGGUUCUUCGCUCCAUGACAGACGUUCACACUCCAGCCACAGCAGUGCUGCAUGUUAAGUGGACAGAUAGCCCUACUCUGGCUGUGGUCAGUGAUAGUGGAGGAAGUGUGUUUGAGCUUAGUUUCAAACGCACACUGGGUCUACGAGGGUGUGACUCCAAGUGUUUGUUCUCUGGCAGCCGAGGGGAAGUGGUAGCUAUGGAACCUUUACUGCUACAUCAGCUGUCCACACAUCCUCUCAAUGGAGCUGUGCUAAUCGCCAUGGCUACAUUGUCAAAGGUGAUCAUCGUCAGUAUUAGACCACAUACCAGGCUGUUACUAACUCACUCAGUCAAAGCUAGGCCUGCCUCUCUGCCACUGUUGUCUUGGCAGUUUGUUAUAAUACAAGUGGCUGACACCCAGAAGAUCAUGGAUCCCGUUCUGGCCUUUGCUAGGGAUACCACAAUUUACUUUUACCAGGUGAGUGUUGAGCCCAGUGGACGCAUAGUAUGUAUGACACUUCAGCAACUGAACCUUGGCUACUCUCUACUGUCCUGUCAUUGGCUAAAUGCAAGAACGUUAGCUCUGCUGGAUGCAUCUGAGGUGUUUCACCUGGUGGAUGUAAGGACAAGGGAGGAAAUAGAGACCCUGGACCUGGCUGGGGUAGGACUGGUCUACAACUCAGCUUUCUACAAGGGACUGGCCACUGGUGGCAAUGUCAGCAAAGCUAUGGCCCUGGCAGGAGAGCGGGCAUGCUACAAUUCUGUAGAGAGCUUUGGUAACCAGCUGCUACUGCUGGGCACCAGAUCAUUCCAUGUCAUCAGUAUACGCACAUGGUUAGAGAGAAUCAAUCACUUUUUGGAUCAGAGCAGAUACCCUGAAGCUCUAAAGCUCGGGAUGGAGUUUCUUGAGGAGAAGGGAAAGGCUGUUCUAGGACUAAGAGGACCAAGGAAACACAGACAUCGAAUAGUCAGGGAGAAGGUCCUUGACACAUUGAAUACCUACAUAGACAAGACUCUAGAGUCUGGGGACAGUAUAAGCUACCACGAGGCUCUACCUGUCAUUAUCAGCCAAUGUGUUCAGCUGAACCAAAGGGACAUUUUGUUCAACAAAGUGUGGGAUGGGUUGUACUGUGACCCAGGUGCCAGAGCCAUCUACCUGCAGGCACUGGAAGCUGUCAUCUUGGAUGGCAAGUUAACCUCGGUACCUCCAGAGAUCAUGCAACAACUAGUCAACCAACUGGAGCAGAUGGAAAAGUGGAAGGUGCUAGAGCAGUGUGUGCUGGAGGUGGAUGUUUCCUGUUUGGACAUACAGCAAGUGUUGACAUUGUGUCGCCAAUACAACCUAUACGACGCUCUAAUCUCUGUGUGGAACAGAGCCAUGCAGGACUACACCAGUGCUGUGCAUGAACUAGUGCCUCUCCUGCAGAAUCUUCUGGACCAAGGGGAGACGGAGAAUGGUCGAUGGCUGGGCAACAGACUGCUGGUGUACCUGAGUUGCUGCCUCAGUGGCCGAGGCUACCCCAGUGGUGAUCUUGCUCCAGGUAUACAUGACACUGUGCGCCAGCAGGUGUUCAAGGCUCUGUGUAGUCAGCAUACUGUAAAUGCUGAAGAAAAUGAGACUUGCUACCCAUAUCUCAGAGUUCUUCUGCAAUUUGACACAAGGGAGUUCCUGAAUGCCCUUGCUAUUGCUUUUGAAGAUCCACAGUUCUCCUCACAGCUGCGGCAACGACUAGUCAACAUCCUCAUACAGGUCAUGGUAGAAGGCGACGGUUUUGCGUCAACACAGGUGGGGUGGCUGUUCACAUUUCUAGCGUCACAAUUGUCACGGUCACACUGUGUACUGCGUGUGGACACCAAGCUGUUUGAACGUGUUGUGUCACAUCUAGUGGCCCCUGGACAGGAUGAAACUCAUCAUGAGCGACAGAAUGCCUUCUCCCAACUCAUGGCUGCGGGAGGUCUAGCUCACUACACACACCAAGACCUGCUGGCACUUGCAAGAUCAGCUGAGUUCUACCAGGUGUGUGCCACACUACAUGAGCGGAGAGGAGAACACAGUCAAGUACUGAAGUGUUACCUGCUGGACAAUGACAGGAGAUAUCAGGUCUUCAACUACAUCGAGCAGUCCUCACACAAGGAUCAACUACAGCCUGCGGUGCUGGACAAUAUUGAUGGGCUGCUGGACAUUGAUGCUGUAGAGACUGGCCACAUAGUUCAGAGGCAUUUCUCUACCCUAAUACCUGAGAUAGUGCCUCAUUUGAGUGACAAACAACUCUACCUCUUCCUUAAAGGAAUCCUGCUAGAGGGCGAACUUGAUUCCCCUCUCAUGACCAAGUACUUUGUGUUGACUUGUCGCAUGGAACCUGAUGCAGCUCUUCCCUUAGUUCAAGCAAACAAGAAUAUUCAUCUCGACCAGGCAAUCCCAGUAUCUCAAGAACAAAGAUUAGAUGGAGUAACAGCAAUUCUAUUGGAGCGGUCCGGAGAUCUUCAAGGAGCUUUUGACUUGUUGAUUAACAAGCUUAAAAUAUCCAUGGAAAAGGGUGAUCCAGUAGAGGUUUUGAUGCAGGAGCUAGUAGGAUUAGCUCACAGAGGUAAUAGCAUCAUGGACCCUCACAAGUCCUGGCUGCCACUUCUGCAAUGCCUGCUCAAACUCAACUCACACGAUCUGUUAAGACAAGUGCUGAACAACACAGACCUCAACUUGGCCUCUGAGGUUCAUCUAUUGCUGGAACACACCAACGGGACACUGGGAGAGCUGCGACCUCUCAUCAUGGGUCUGUUUGACAAGUGUGUUCAUGAGAGGGCCAUGCUGCGCACCACAGUUCAGAUGCAAUACUCAGACCUGCACACCAAGUUGCAAAGAGCCUUGAGAGACUCCAGGAAAGGACUGCUCGUGCCCACCAGCUGCUCUACGUGUCACUACAGGCUACACUCUACUUUGCACUUUUUUAGAUGUGGACACGUGUAUCACAUAGACUGUCUUGCCUCACCCACACAGUGCAACGAAUGUUUCAAACCAGAAGUUCCUGGUUAGCCAACAAUCAACCUAUCCUAAUACAGUAUCGUUAUUUAUUGUUUGUUACCUAUUAAUUAUUAGUUAUAUCUAUAAAUAUUUUUUUAUGAAAUGUU